AUGCUUUCCGAAACUACGUACGAUAGUGAAAACAACAUUUGGAAGAGCGAUCAAUUGGAGCGGACAUUCAAUGCAAACAAGUCGAUAGGCGAUCAUGCUUUGUAUAUGUUGCGUAGCAAGCCAGCUAAUUUGGUAUGCCAGAUUUCCGACUCUGAGGGCUCUGAACUCACCUAUGGCACAGCGUGUUCGUAUGCCAUUAGUGUGGCAGCACAUCUUAGCAAUGCAGGGCUAGGCUGUGAUGAUGUCGUGGGUAUUGUCUCUUAUAAUACAACACUACUAAUGCCUGUACUGGUGGGUUGUUGGAUAAAUGGAACACCCUUUAAUGCGCUACAUCCCAUACACGAAGAAGACGUAAUCAGGCAGCUUUUUGCUCUGACCAGACCAAAGAUAAUUUUUUGCGAUGGUUUGUGCUUUCAGAAGGUACAGAAUGCCACAAAGACCUUUGACGUAUCAAUAUACACUCUGUGUAAUCACUUGGAGGGUGUGCCACGGGUGCAAAAAAUACUGCAACCAGUACCGUUUGAAGAGUUUUAUCAAGCGGUGCCACUCAAAUAUGGACCCACCCAGACAAUGGCUAUUACACCCACUUCUGGUACGACAGGGAUACCGAAAGGGGCCUGCAUAUCAAACGCCAAACUUAUGGUCGAUCUCCGUUUAUGCAACGGUUCAUCAGUAACAUUUUCCUUCGCCUCAGCCGAUUGGGGUACUGGCGUUUUGACGAUGAUUGUGAAUAUAUUGUGCGGUGGUAUUCGUAUCAUAACAACAACACCCUACUCACCGGAAUACCUUUUGCAAAUCAUUAGAAAGCACAAAGUUACAUUUCUCAUUGGUUCGCCCAUUCAACUGGGUUUACUCUCGCAGUUACCGCAAUACACUGAGGAUGCAAUGGCUGGAGUACGUCUAAUUUUAAUGACAGGUGGCCAUGCACUGCCUUCCGUACAAUCACGUUUACGCGCUAAGCUACCGAACUGUAUACUAAUGAACUCGUACGGCACCUCCGAAAUUGGUGGUAUAUCAGUGAACUAUCUAGAUUAUAAAACUGAGAGCGUUGGGAAACUGAUUGCAGGCGUGCAGAUAAAGAUUGUCGAUGCCGGAUCAGGUCACCGAAAGAGAUUAUUGGGACCCAAUGAGAGAGGUGAGAUUUGGGUUCGCGGUUGCGACAACUGGCCUGGCUAUUAUGGCAACCCUGUUGCGACGGCUGACACCAUGGAUGCCGAAGGUUGGAUCAAUACCGGCGACGUGGGUUACAUGGACGAUGAAUGCUAUCUAUAUUUAGUCGAUCGCAGUAAGGAAGUAUUGAAAUAUAUGAGUUUCCACUAUUCCCCGCAUGAGAUCGAAGAGACUGUGUCACUUUUACCAGAUGUGCAGGAUGUGUGCGUAUUUGGCGUUUACGAUGAGCGAGCGAUGGAUUUAGCUGCUGCUGCUGUGGUGCUACGGCCAGGUAGUGUUCUCACCGAAGCGGAUAUUGUAAAGUUUGUGGCAGAGAAGCAAGAAGUGAAGCAUAAACAUAUCAAUUAUGGCGUAUUUUUUGUAGAUGCGAUAGCAAGAAAUUCUAAUGGGAAAGUAAUGCGUGCAAAAAUGAAAGAAAUAUGUUUGAAAAUGGAGCAAGAGAUAAGGAAAUGA